UUGCCAAAACGACGCUACUUGGGAUCGUUUCUCAGCCAAAGGUGACAAAUUUCUCUCUGCAAAACCCUGAUUUUCUCAUUUUCAUUGAUCCCUCAGAACCUUGAUCUCCUUUCUAUUCUUGAAAUUAAAAAUCCUAAUAUUUAGUUACUAUAAAGAUUUUCCAUCGUUGUACAUUGAAUUUUCCUGCACUUUCUUGUUAGGGGAAAAGUUUCUUUUUGUUUCUUGGGAAACCCUUGUCCGUUUUAUGUUGAAUAACGGUCAGAUGUGGUGAAGAUCACAUUUGUAGGGGUUUUCUUGAUCUGGGUAUUUGAAUUUGGACGCUUCUGAAUUGGGGUUUUCUUAUAUUUGAACUUUAUGAUUGUUCUAGCCUUGAUGGAGCUAUAGUUUGUGUUUAAUAUUGUUGAUUAAAUUUAGCUAGAUUUAGGUGUUGGAGAAAAGUGGGGAUUUUUAAGUGAGAAAUUGAAGAAGAAAAGGGUUUUGUAUAAAUGGGGAGGCCAUUGUUUUAUGAGAUUGUGGAGAAGCCAGCCACAAGUUGUAUAAUUGGAAUAUGUAGUGCAAUAUGGUUUUAUAUACAGAAGAAAAAUAUAGGGUAUUCACAUGUCGGUUUGAGUUAUGAAACAGCUGUAGAAGGGCACCAUUGGAGGAUAAUUACAUCGGCAUUUUCACAUAUAAGUGUUUUGCAUCUUGUUUUCAAUAUGAGUGCACUUUGGAGUCUUGGUGUUGUAGAGCAAUUGGGGCACAUGGGUCUUGGUGUGGCAUAUUAUCUUCAGUACACACUUAUUUUGGUUGUGUUAUCUGGGGCGCUUGUCUUGGGAAUGUACCAUAUAUUGAUACAAAGAUUUAAGCUUGAGUAUUUUAGAAGAGUGACGGCUGUUGGGUACUCUUGUGUUGUUUUCGGGUGGAUGACGAUUCUUUCUGUGAAACAACCCUCUUCAAAGUUGGAUCUCUUUGGAUUUCUUUCACUACCCAUCAGUUUUGCGCCAUUCGAGUCGUUGAUUUUCACUUCUAUUAUUGUUCCGCAAGCCAGUUUUCUUGGGCAUUUGUCGGGAAUCGUUGUUGGGUAUGCAAUAGCUUGGGGUUUGAUUCAUGGGAUGAAUAAUUUCUGGGCACUUUCUAUGUUGGGUUGGAUUGUGCUUGUGUUUGUGUACAGCUUGAAGCGGUCUGGUACAUAUGAUUUUGAUUUUCUUGAGAUAGAAUCUGUCACAGAUCCAUCCUUGCCUUCUGUCCGGUUUAUUGGAAAUGGUAGAACCUUGCAGAUGAGUUCAAUUCCAGCUGAAGGUGUUGAAAUUGUCUAACUUUAGGGUCAAUUUCUUACUCUUAUAUCUAGAAGUCGUCUUACUCAUUCAACAGUCAGCCUUGAUGAUAAUAUAUGAUUUUACUAUGCCAAGCUAGAUGGUUAGCCUUGACAUUACUGAGAUGUUCCUGGUUGUAUAUGUCCAGAUUUUCUGCUCUCUUCUGCUAUGGUUAUACAAGCUUUCUGGUGCGACUUUUUGCUUCUUCCAUUGGCAGACGCAUGCUGUUGCCCCAAAACAAUGCAAUAUGAGAAAUUACUGGUCUUCAUUGUUCUUUUCUUUGUUUAGUUGCAAAUUUGUUUUCUCUAAUAUUUUUUAAUUUUUUAGUAUUAAUCUUUUAGUUCUGAUUAUUUGUUGUCUACAGACUGUACCUCCAUUUUUUCAAAGAAAUGAUAAAAUGAGUUUGUUUAAAUUUAACAUGGCGCAAUACAGAUGUGGAAAUGAUAUGUUAUCACAGAUUGUUUUUUGACUUUUCCUUUCAUAUUUUAGCCUUUUUUUUUCCUGAAAUUGAAUUGGAUUAUUGUUGAAGCACGCUUGCAGUGAUGCUGGGUGUAGUUGCUGAUGCUGUUGUAUUUUUUUGUCAUAAAUAAUGAAGAUACAUGUGCUCUAUUUAGGUGACAAAAUGUUUUUGGACUUUUGUUCUCUUAUUUA